UUCCCCUAUUGCUCUUUUAAAUGCUAUUCCUGAUUCCUUUAGUGAUGUGAAAUCUGCUAUUAAGUAUGGUAGAGAUAAUGUGACUCUUGACAUUGUGGUAAAUGGUCUUAAGAGUAAGGAAUUAGAUUUAAAACAGAUGGGUGAGGGUAGAAAAUCCGAGGAAGUUAUGCAUGUGAGGGGUAGAGAAAAUAAUAGUAGACGACAUAGAUCUAAGUCUAGGUCUAAUUCGAGGCGUUGCUAUUAUUGUCACGAAUCUGGUCAUUUCAUAAGAGACUGUCCUAAAUCUAGGAAAAAUGAGCAUAGUGAGCAUGCUAAUUUGACUACGUGUGAAGAUGAUUUAGGUGAUGUUUUUAUGAUGAAAAAUCUAUGUGAUUAUGACUAUUUGAGUUCUGUGAUAUCUGAUUCUUUGGGUAAAUCAGAUUGGGUGGUAGAUUCUGGUUGUACUUUUCAUAUGUCCCCUUUGAAAAAUGCUUUUUCAAACUAUAGAGAGAUUGAGCAUGGCUUUGUGUCUUUAGCAAAUGAGAAGAAAUGCAAUGUGCUAGGAAUAGGAGAUGUAUGCCUUAGGUUUUCUUCUGGUUAUGUGCUUACUUUGAAGAAUGUUAGGCAUGUUCCUGAGCUGUGUUGUAAUUUGCUAUCUUGUGCAUCUCUUGAAAAUGAUGGUUUGAAGGGAAAAUGGGGAAAGGGAAUCAUGAAAGUUGUGAAGGGUUGUUUAGUUGUUUUCAAAGCUGAGAUGAAAAACAACUUGUAUGUUUGUCAUGCUGAACCCAUACUUGAUUCUGUGAAUUGUGUGCAACCCUGUGUGCUAGGAAAACAGUCUAGAGUUGGUUUUCC